AUGGGUGGCGAUAGAGGUGGCUUGGCAUCCGUGGAGUUUGAAGUUUUUGGAGAAGUGCAAGGUUGCUUUUUCACGAAAUACUGUAAGCAGACGGCUGAAGAGUUGAGAAUAGGUGGUUGGGUGAAGAACACCAAGAACGGAACCAUUGUUGGAAGGAUACAAGGAACUCGGGAGAAUUUAGACAAAAUGAUAGACUGGUUGAGCACAAAAGGAUCGCCGGACAGUAAAAUCGAGAGAUGUCAACUGUCAAACUUUGAAUACAUUGCGAGAUUGGCAUUUAAUAACUUUAGCAUACGGUUUUAA